UUCUCUCAAGUGUUGCUUAUAUCUACGGCCUCCACUGUGAAAUUGUGGUUGGCAUCCGUUUUAAUUCCGCUAACAUAACGUUAUUUAAAAUAUCAAAUAUAAAGACAUAGACUAACGUUGCUAGAUCUAAUAGGUCGUUUUCUGAAAACGUCCAGACACUACAAUUGACGAGUAACGUUACAGCAGGUGGCUAAAAUGGAGUCCUGUGAUGAUGGAGGGCCACUCAAUGUAGGGGGUUCAGUGGGAGAGGAGAACUAUUUCCUGGGAUACACUUUCACUGAUCGCUCGCACUCCAGUCGGGUCGUAAAGAGCAUCAUGGACCUGUGUCUGGAGGAUGGGCUUUUUGCUGAUGUAACUGUCAUGGUUGAUGGAAAGGAGUUUCAGCUGCACAGGUUGGUGCUGUCAGCCCAGAGUUGUUUCUUUCGCUCUAUGUUUACCUCCAACCUGAAGGAGGCGCAUAACCGAAGUAUUGAACUUAAGGAUGUAAGUGCCCCAGUAUUUCAGUUGCUGGUGGACUACAUUUACCACGGCACUAUCAAGCUGCGGGUUGAGGACUUGCAGGACACCUACGAAUUGGCUGACAUGUACCAGCUGACUGCCCUCUUUGAGGAAUGUUCCCGCUUUCUCUCACGCACCGUGGAGGUCAAGAACUGUUUGCAGGUGAUGUGGUUGGCAGACAGGCACAGUGACCAGGAGCUCUACACAGCUGCCAAGCAUUGCGCCAAAAUCCAUCUGGUGCAGUUGCACCAGACAGAGGAGUUUCUUAACCUGCCCCUCCGUCUGUUGAUGGACAUCAUUAAAGAUGGUGUUCCGAGCUCUCAGAAUCCUACUGUGGCCAUUGAUUCCUGGAUAAACCACAAUAAAGUGGAGCGGCAGGAGUUUCUGACUAUUCUCCAGGAUAGCCUGAAGGAGAUCGGCGAGAACGUGCACAUCUACCUGAUCGGGAAGGAGGAGACGCGCACGCACUCGCUGGCCGUGUCGCUGCACUGCGACGAGGACGACGCCAUCAGCGUGAGCGGCCAGAACAGCCUGUGCCACCAGAUCACGGCGGCCUGCAAGCACGGCGGCGACCUGUACGUGGUGGGCGGCUCCAUCCCGCGGCGCAUGUGGAAGUGCAACAUGCACACCAUGGACUGGGACCGCUGCGCCCCGCUGCCCCGCGACCGCCUGCAGCACACGCUGGUCUCCGCGCCCACCGAGGACGCCAUCUACUCGCUGGGCGGCAAGACCCUGCAGGACACGCUGUCCAACGCCGUCAUCUACUACGGCGUGCAGGGCAACGUGUGGACCGAGACCAGCCAGCUGGACACGGCCGUGUCCGGGGCCGCCGGGGUCAACCUGGACGGCACCAUCUACCUGCUGGGCGGGGAGGAGAACGACAUGGACUUCUUCACCAAGCCCUCGCGCAUCAUCCAGUGCUUCGACACGGCCGCCCAGAAGUGCCACACCAAGCCCUACAUGCUGCCCUUCGCCGGCUGCAUGCACGCCACCGCCCACAAGGACCUGAUCUUCGUGGUGGCCGAGGGCGACUCGCUGGUCUGCUACAACCCGCUGCUGGACAGCUUCACCCGGCUGCGCUUCCCCGAGGUGUGGAGCUGCGUGCCGUCCCUCUGGAAGGUGGCCAGCUGCAACGGGUGCAUCUACGUCUUCCGGGACAAGUGCAAAAAGGGCGACGCCAACACGCUCAAGUUCAACCCCGCCACCUCCGUGGUCUCUGUCAUCAAGGGCCUCAAGAUUCUCCUCACAAACUGGCAGUUUGUCCUGGCUUGAUUGGUGGCCGAACGGCUUUUGAAGCGAAAGCAUUAUGUCAGCUCGAUGGCAUUGAGCUUGGGGCUUAUAGAGAGAACUUCUGAAGUUCACUAGCCAUUGUUACAAUCACAGUGCUUAGACUUUGGGAAACUGAAUAGAUUGUCUUGUUUAUUUAAUCAUUUCAUUCACAUUCAGUCUCUGUAGUCCUCAUGUUACUAUCCAGCUAUUUGGUACGCAGUGGACGUCAGCAUGUAGGAUUAAUAUAUCUUGCAACACCAGAUUUACCCCCCCCCGCCCCCCCCCCCCCCC